GGUCACCACAAGACCCUUCUGGGAAGAAAAGACAAGAAUGAAGUACAGAAGAAGCAAAGCUCUAAUCCUCUACAUCUAAUUUUCCUACUUCCCUUUCCAUUUGCAGUAACGCAUAGCUCUUUGCUCUACUUAUAGAGGAUUCAUCCAGCUUGGAUCCAGAAAUACAAAGCAAGGAAAGAACUUUUGAAAGCUAUGGCUGUCCCACAAGUUGAUAAGAAAAUGCUCGGUGAACUUGAAGCCAUGGGAUUCCCAACCACUCGUUCAAUCAGGGCACUCCAUUUUUCAGGUAAUUCCAAUCUUGAAUCUGCUGUAAACUGGCUUCUGGAACAUGAAAGUGACCCAGACAUUGAUCGGCUACCAUUGAUUCCACAAGAAAUCCCCAUUGAAUGCGGUGACACAUCAAAUGAAGUAAGGAAUGACAUUCAAGGAAUGAGGGAUCCCGUGCAGGAGCAGAAACCAGAAGAACGGACUGAAACUGGAAGACACAAUGAGACAUCCCAGUUGGAACGAGAAUUAAAUGCGGAUGAACAGGAGGAAGAAGAUAGAAAGAGGAUAUUAGCACUAUAUAAGCAAAAACGAGAUGAGGAAGGAAGAGCAAGGGGGCAAAAACGAAAUCAGUUACAAGAUGAUCAAAGGGAGAGGAUUCGAGCUUCUAAAGAUCUUAUGGAAGCAAAACGAACUCUUGAGGAAAAUCAAAGAAAGCGCAUGAUGGAAAGUCGUAUAGCAGAUCAAGAAGAGGUGAAAAGAGCAAGAGAGAGAAUACGACAGCGUAUAGCAGAUGAUAGGGCAGAAAGAAGGAGAAGGCUUGGUUUGCCACAGGAAAAUCCUGCCGCGGCUUCAGUUGCAAUCAUAACGCCCACAAAGGUAAAACCUGUUGAACGUAUUGUAACUUCAGAACAACUGAGAGAUUGCCUGCGAACUCUGAAGAAGAAUCACAAGGAUGACAGUGCCAGAGUCACAAGAGCAUACCAAACACUGUUGAAGAUUAUCGCCAACAUAGUGAAGAACCCAGCAGAGGAGAAGUUCAGGAGGAUUCGGCUCAGCAACCCUAUUUUCAUGGACAGGGUGGGUAACCUGCAAGGAGGCGUAGAAUUCCUGGAGCUGUGCGGGUUCCAGAGGCUCAGCGCCAGCGGCUACCUGGUCAUGCCGAGGGACAGGGCCGACAUGGCGCUCCUCAACGCCGCCGGAGUCGAGAUCGCAUCGGCCAUGGAGAACCCCUACUUCGGGCUGCUCUCCAAGUGAAACGGAACAGCCACUACCGAUGUUCCCGUCUGCUUCGUCGGUACUGACUGAAACGGGGUGUGCCACCGGACGGACUUCACUGUAACGUGUCGGUCCGUCACGGCUGACAGGAUCUGUCCCUGCUGCCCGUGCCGUUGUACAGAGUCUCCCAACAGAGCAAAUGCCCAAGAAGUGAACUUAACCAAUCUCGUCCUGGACAAAUCAAAUGCAACCAUGUACAUUGACAGAGAAGAUGUUGCAUUUGUUUCUUUUUUUUUCCUUCAACUCGUGUUCCUCACCGUCCUGUGUUUCUUCCUCACCGUCCUGUGUUCCCGGUCGUACAUGAACAUGAGGCGUGGCAUGGUGUACAAGCUGGGGAGGGUCAGGCAGUAAACUGUGUUGCCAAGGUA